CAUUGGAACGACCGGACGUGCUUUCCUGGUCCGACGGGCAAUCUGUCAGUGAUAUCUAUUAAAACGAUUUGUAAAAAGUGUGCUUGUAGGCCAUCGGUAGCGGUCAGUAAUCGGCCGAGGGAGGCAAUUAAAUAUUAGCCGUCCAUUCCUUCGAUAAAGCUUUUCCUCGUCCGUAUGAUACUAUAUGACUGUAUGGUGCCAGCAUUGGACAUUGCGUGUCCUUGUCCUUUGUUACCGCCGGGUGCCGUCGCGCCUCUUGGGCACAUAUGUAGUUCUCGUGGUAUCCUUCGUACGGGAGUAAUUGUACCAGUAUAAGCGUGUUGUCAGUCUCCUGGUGUGAUUUGAAUUGAAUAUAUGUGUUUACUAUCAAAAAACGAAGAUAAUUGUAUUACGAAAGAGUUGUUACUCAAGGUUGUGGAAAGUGUAGUACGGUACAUCCGUUAGAGCGAUGAAUGAAUUUUUAACUGAAGAAGCCUCGUAUGCGGAAGCGACUAAGGAGUAAAGUAGUUAACCUGCACGAAGAAAAAAGUUAUGAAGUGCUUUAUUGAAUUGUAUUGUAUGUUGUGCUAGAACUUGUAGCCACUUGACCGAGUGGCCCAAAUAUUACUAACGGUUCCCCUCCUGUUCGAUUGCUUGCAAGUAAUUAUUUAGGUUAUUCUGACUCUUUUUCCUAGUUUUCGAUGCAUACACAAUCGUAUAGCUUUCGUAAAUGAUUUGUUUGUGGUUUGUCUUUUAUUGUGGGAGAUCGUAAAUUGAACUCAAUAUUUGGUGGUGUGAGCAUAAUUAGGACAUUAGCAUGUUAUACCUUGCGUCUUGGGACAUCGUAUGAGUGCUGCAAUUAUUAACUAAAUGCAUUAUUCACGAUGUCACGUGCUUCGUCUUUCCUAAUUGGGCUACAGAGAAAAAUCGGCUACUCAAUCAAACCUCAUAUAUUUACACACACCUCCAACAGUAAACAGAGCCCUCGAAAAAGUGAGUGAGUAAAUGUGCAGUAAAAUAAAUGGACGACACAUGGCGGUUACAAAUGCUUUUGGCUGACUAUCCUUUCUGCGCGAAGGACAACAUCCGGGUCAAGUGAUAAAGCUCGUACAACUUGGUGAAUGUGUAGUGUAUGCAAACAAUCAAAAUUUCUGCUUCAUUACCCUCCGUACCUUUCACAGUAAUUUCCUAUGCAGACUGUUCCGAAUCACGUGACAGCUUGUAUUUUUUAUUACCAUCCAAGUUCGUGUGCUGUUCUGUGUGUUUAGUCAUUGUGGUGAUAAUUGCGUCGCGUUCGUUUGUUCACGAUGGUUUACAAACCACCAGGGACCUCCUCCUCAGCAGCGAGGACGACAGGCAAGAGCCCAACGCCAUCGGUACGUGGUCAGUCGCCGCCAUUUCGAGGUGGAUCGUUUCGUAGUGGAGUUAGCAACUCGAAAUCAGUAUCCAGCCUGAAUAAUCAGUGGGAAAAUGCUGGUUCUACCCGUGGUCGGAAUUUCCGAGGAAGCACUAGCUUUCCUAACGGCAAAAAAGUGAACAAUACUUUGAAAGCGGAUGGUUCGGAUGUUGGACUGAAACGGUCCAACAGUUUGAAUACUAAAAAAAACCGGUCCAACAGUGUAGAAAGAAUGAAUAAUGGGAAAAUAUACCGUGGACGCAGCCCAUUGCGGAAUUCUACCUCGAAUCUUCAACGACAGCAGCAGCUUGUUAAAAAUCAGCCAUUUUUGGUUCGUUCCAGAGGAAAUGAUCGCGGCAGUAUCGACAAUCUGGACAAUAUCACACAGUCUUCGAAUGGAAGCGGCAGCUCAGUUCCGGGAACGCCCGAAGAUAACAUAAAUGUCGUGGUGCGCGUCCGACCACUGAAUGUGAAGGAGACACGCAACGCGGACGACAUGGUGGUACAGUUUCCUGGAAACGGUCAAAUUUUGUGUGAUGGUAUCCCCGCCGUGCCCGGAAGUGGGGGCCAGAAACCCAAGCUCUUCUCAUACAAUGUAGUCUUCGAGCCGGGCUCCACACAAGACGAUGUGCUGCAGUACUCCGGGAUAAAACGGCUAAUCGAAAUGGCAAUCGAGGGUUUCAGUUGUACGGCGUUUUGUUACGGCCAAACUGGAUCAGGAAAGACCCAUACGCUAACCGGUCCACCAGAGUUGUUUUACGGAAAACCUGAUCCGCAACAUGGAAGCCACGGGUUGGUCUUUCGAUCUUUCCUGUAUCUGUUCAAAUUGUUGCAGGAACGGAAGGACACCAAUUUUGUGCUAAAAGCUUCAUUCUUGGAAAUCUACAACGAAAAGGUGAUUGAUCUACUUAACCCUGGAACCGCUCGGAAGCCACUAGCCGUUCGGUGGUCGAAAAAAUCACGCGGAUUUUUUGUGGAAAAUCUAUUUACCGUAGACUGUGAAGAGCUGGAUGACCUGUUGGCGGUGUUGGAAGAAGGUAUGCGGAAUCGUUCCGUGGGGUGUCAUUCGAUGAAUGAUUACUCUUCACGUAGUCACACUAUCCUAACGGUACACAUAACCUCGGAACAGCAAGCCGAAGGUGGAGUGUUUAUAUCGAAACAGGGUAAAAUCAACUUUGUCGAUUUGGCUGGCAGUGAAAUGACUAAAAAGACUCACAGCGAAGGCAAAACGUUAGAGGAAGCAAACAACAUCAACAAGAGCCUAAUGGUUCUGGGUUACUGCAUAGCAUCUUUAAGCGAUUCGAAAAAACGAAGUGGCCAUAUUCCUUACCGAGACAGUAAGCUGACUAAACUUUUGGCUGACAGUUUGGCUGGAAAUGGGGUUACGUUGAUGAUUGCUUGCAUCUCACCCGCCCGUUCGAAUAUCACCGAAACUUUGAAUACGCUUCGUUAUGCGGCCCGGGCAAAGAAAAUUCGCACCAAACCAAUUAUUGUGAUGGAUCCCCGUGAAGCGCUAAUCCUCAGUCUCAAACGAGAAAUUGGUGCUCUACAAGUGGAGAAUGAACAUCUCCGCACCUCGCUCAAUCUGCAGUCGGAAUCCAGUGAGAUCAACAGUCAGUUGGAUUUCUUCGAACGCAGACCAGGUCCGAGAACGCCACCAAAGGUGGACCUGGAAAGACUUACCGAUAUGGAAGGGAAUGAGCUUAAGGAACUGGUUAAGGUGUACAUGCUGGAGAACCAAGCACUGAGGCAGGAGAACUCUGAGCUAUACAGCACUCGGGACAUGAUCAUGCGUGAUCAGGAAGUGGUUUGUCGAGAAAAUGAAAGACUGUUAAAGAAACUGGAGGAUGUGAAUUCGGUUUGCUGCCGGUCACCGAUUAUUCCAGCUCGACCUACCUUUUCAGCGGAAAUGCUAAACCUAUCGGCAAGUGGAGAAGACAUUUCCAAUGUUUGGCCGACAGCUCUGAGUAUCAGCAGUGAUAGUACAGGCAGUUUCACGAAGACUAAAAACGAUUCAUUGGACGGACGAGUAUCAGCCAAUGAGAAUAAAAUUCCGGAGCUGUUGCAGAAAGAAUUGGAUAAGCGAAGAAUCGGAGACAGUAUUACAUCAAUUGCAAACAAUCUCAGACGGCACAAUUCCUGGGAAAAUAAUCGAACGCAAAAUAUUAAGCUUAAUUCUCGGAAGGGAUCUGCGGACAGUAGACAUUCGGAUCAGUCACAAACAAGAAUGCCUCAAAGCCGGAUUAUCGACUUAAAAUCUCAUUUGUAUCCUUACUCAUCCGGUGAUGGUGUCGGGUCAUCCUGGUCGCUUACCUCCAGGAGACCGAGCAGUCACACUAGUACCAAUACGAUUAGAUCAUCGACAUUGCUGUCGCGGAGACAUGACAAUUUUCUGACCAAAAGCCGUUCAACAGACGAAGGUUUACCGGCGAUGAAACGAAACAUCUUUGGUAGCCUUGUGUCACUCAAUGCAGCCGAAGACACUCAUUUGAACGCAUGAUCAGCUAAGGAACGAAUGAACGAUCAGGAUGAACGCAACGUGUACAGUGAUAGAAACUGAACAGGGAUAAGUGCACAAAAAUGAUAGUUUUAUUGCUAGAUAAUUGAAACCAAGUGAUGUAUGUUAUAUAAUUAAUUGGUCACACUAUAAAGGCAAAUAUGCAUAUAAACCGAAGUAUUCGUUAUUGUUGUAUUGUAUUGUUCAAAUCACAUUAUCCAAAUCAACUCGAGUUGCAUCAGAUAUG